AUGGUUGGAAGCAAGAGCCCUAGGACGCUGCUUGUCUUAUAUCUCCUGGCUAGUCAGGCAUUAACCCGGGGGAUUUCGACGCCCGUCCUUACCACGGCUGGGGGCUUUACCUCUGUGGGUAGCCAUGGUUCACUGGGUGGCUCUGCUUCACCUGAUCCCCAGAAACCAGUGUCAAUACCCCUAGUAGUCCCUGCCAGAUUCAAGAACACAAGCCAGAAUCAUGAAUUCCAGAGUGGCACGCGUCCUUCUGCCAAUAGCUCAGGACAGCGGCCCGGUGGAGGUACGCCUCAGCCGCCAACGCCUCUUCCAGGUGGCUUCUCAAGUGGGACAUCUCUCCCACUCAAUUCGCCUCGUGGACCGCAGUCUUCGGCUAUCCCGCCUACCAAUCCCCCGGCAGCUGGCCACACAGGGAAAUCACAAAGCACAUCUACCCAUAGUCCUGUAUCGGCCAACAGUCCCUCUGGCGAUGGUCCCUCUGGCCGUCCUAGCAGCUCAGGACCCCCAGCCCCAGUGAACACGCCUUCCGGCAGUUCACGACCGAGCGAUUCACGCAUUUCCCCAGAUUCUCCUGGGUCGUCAAGCAACACCGUGCCAACGGUUCAGCCGACUACGUCCCAAUCCACCAUUUAUCAAGUCACCGGAGGCUCGACUAAGGCCAUUCCCACGAUGGUCACCGUGAACCCAUCUAACCAAGGGGAAAGUGCAACUCCAAUCACCUCUCAACCCCCUGCAUCAUCGUCAGCUACCGCUAUGUACGUUGGGCUGCUUCAGAAAUACCCCAAAUCGGUAUCCGCCGCACUGAAGGAUUGGGAAGAUGCCAAGAAGAACCCGAAUGACGAGGAGGGAUGGAAAAAGGCGAAGAAAUCCAUUGAUACUGUUCUUCCGCCAGAUGACAAGGACGACGAUAGUGGUGGUGGCAUUUUCGGUGCGCUAUUCCACAAAAAUACCAAGACGAGUGGGAGCUUGAAAUCUGCCUUGAAAGGAGUGUCCAAAGUCCGGAAAUCCAUCGGCCCCGGUGCAAAGUCCAUCGGGGAGGCCCUGGGUGGGGGAGGCUUGAAGUUGCCAGAUCUCCCUGCCAUCCUCAUCCUCGUCUUCAUCUUCAACAUCGUCGUCGUCGUUCUCCUCCUCUUCCUCUUCCUCCUCUUCAAGUUCCAGCUCCUCAAAGAAAUCCUCAUCAUCAUCCUUAUCGUCCUCAUCUUCAAGUUCAAGUUCCUCGAGAAGAUCCUCAUCCUCAACAUCCUCGUCUUCGCCAUCUUCUUCGUCUUCAAAUUCAAGUUCUUCGAGAAGCUCCUCAAGCACUUCCACUCCACGAACCACCACGCCUCAACAUGUAUGCUCCAGACGACACUCGAAGUGGAGUGGGUCUUUUCAAUCCACUCCAAUUGUGAGCAGCACGCCCAUGUCUUCCUCCCUCUCAUCUGCAAGUUCCACUUCCUCCAGAAAACUCUCGGGUACAUCCACUUCACGAACGACUACGCCUCCACAUGUAUGCUCCAGACGACACUCGAAGUGGAGUGCGCCUUCUCAAUCCACUCCAAUUGUGAGCAGCACGCCUAUGACUUCCUUCCCCUUAUCUUCAAGUUCCAACUCCUCCAGAAGGUCCUCGGGUACGUCCACUCCACGGACAACCACCCCUCCACAUGUAUGCUCCAGACGACGCUCUCAGUCGAGUGCGCUUUUCCAACAUACCCCAAGUGUCACAAGCACGCCAAUGUCCCCCAAUUCAACACCCAGGACCUCGCCCACCAGAUCUACUCCACAAAGCACGGGUACCCACAAGGGGAAAUCUGCAUGCCACCUGUCUCGCCGGCCCUAUAG